CUAUACUGUGGUGAUAUUAUUGACAUUGUCACUUGUUGACAUUAUGACACAUCAUUUCAAACAAUGUGAGUCAUAUAUCACAUUACAUUUAUUUCAUUUUAGAGUUUAAGUACCUACAAUUCCAGAACAAUGGCUUCAAAAUUGUUCAGAAAUUACGGACUUAAACUGAACAAAACAGCCUUGAGACAGUUUAGCAAUAGCAAAAAUUCAGUUAGAAAUGGCAAACUCUUUCCUGUCUACUGUGCUUUAGGAGGAUCAGUAACUAUAAUGAUUGCUGUUUAUAAAAGUAGAUACUUUCCCAAUGUCUUUGCAGCCCAAACAAGAACUGAAGAAGAUGUUAAAGUAGUUAAACUUACAUCAAGAGAAAAAAGAUUCAUUCGAUUUGCAUCCGUUGAAUAUGAUGGUCAGCUAUAUAUGACUCCCCAAGAUUUUUUAGAAUCUGUGGUAGAAGCAGAACCCAGACCUAGAAUGAAGCGGAAAAUAUUGAGCCAGAAAGAGUUGGAGAAAAUCAAAGAUGCUACCCCGCCACUCAAUCAAGGUUCACCAAGGUUGUUCAGAAGUUUGAGAGAAAAAGGAAUUAUUUCUUAUACAGAAUAUCUGUUUCUUCUUUCAAUAUUAACAAAGCCUCAAUCAGGGUUCAGAAUCGCCUUCAACAUGUUUGACACAGAUGGUAACCAACGAGUAGACAAAAACGAGUUCUUAGUGAUAAGAAAACUAUUGGCAGGCAAAAAAACUGAAAAAGAAGAUAUUGCCAUGGAAAAAAUAUUCAGCCAUGCCUGGAAAGGAAAGAGAGGCAUGAACAAUGAAGAAACAGAACAGAUGAUUCCCAUUCAAGAGCAAUAUGUAGAUGAUGAACAGGGACUUCAAAGGAGGCACAUUGUUGAUACCACUUUAAUCGUUCACUUCUUUGGGCCAAAAGGAAACACUGAUUUGAAUUUUGAGAGCUUCAAAAAGUUUAUGCUGCAUUUACAAACAGAAGUGCUGGAACUGGAGUUUAAUGAAUUUUCCAAAGGGCUUAUGACAAUUUCUGAAGUUGACUUUGCAAAAAUAUUGCUAAGAUACACGUAUUUGGAUACAGAUGAGUAUGACAUGUAUUUGGAUAGAUUGCUGGACAGGAUAAAGGACACAAAGGGAAUUACUUUUGAGGAGUUUCAUGUAUUUUGCCAGUUUUUGAAUAACUUGGAAGAUUUUACUAUAGCCAUGAGAAUGUAUACUCUUGCAGAUCAUCCAAUAUCUAAAGAUGAAUUUCACAGAGCUGUAAAAAUAUGUACUGGCACAAAUUUGAGUCAGCAUCUGGUCCAUACUGUUUUCGCUAUAUUUGACGAUGACGGUGAUGGAUUAUUGAGUUAUCGAGAAUUUAUUGCCAUAAUGAAAGAUCGCUUGCACAGAGGAUUCAAGUCCUAUGCUAGAAACGAAGGAUGGGAAGCAUUUAAGACUUGUAUCAAACAAGAAAUGAAAACCCCCGCUUAGGCUUUUGAAUCUUCAUUUGAAAUUGCCACUUGGUAAAGGAUUUUUUGAGUCCUACCAAGUAUCUUAGUAUUUAUGUUUGCAAAUAACUUUAAUCAGAACUUGCUGUCUUUGAAAUUUGCAAAUAUUAUCUGAAAUCUAGAAAGAAUUACUUUGAUGAAGAUUUUGAUUUUUAAUUAUCCAGAAUGAGGAAAAAUACGGACUGAAUUAUUGCAGACUGUACUUAAUUUCUUUUAAGAGAAAAAAAAUUCAGCAUCAAAUUGAAAAUCUCUUAUUGAAAAGUUGAAAAAUUUUAAGGUAAAAUCUCAGUUUAUUAUUUGUCUCUCUAUGUGAUUUGAUGAUAUAUGAAUUUGGUUGUGACAUUAUAUAUUUAAAAUUG